GCUGUACGCAAAACGAAUACUCGCCUAAUUAUUAUAAAAUAUUAAACAAGUAAUAAUAAUUAACAAUCGCGCGUAUUGCGAUGAAGUUCGGAGUGUUGCUUAUCUCAUUUUUAGGUGUAUUGAAUAUACACAGCAUUGCGGCGACUGGUUCACGAAAAACUCGCAAAGUGCACGGUCAAGGCCACAAUCCACAAGGUGGAAUUCAAUCGCCGCCAGAGGACUUUUACGACGUGCAACCUGAGCUUUUGUCGCAAUUCAGUGACAACAAAGGCAACAAUGGAAGGGGCAAUGGCAAUGGCAAUAAUGGAAGGGGUAACGGCAAUGGCAAUAAUGGAAGGGGCAAUGGCAAUGGCAAUAAUGGGAGGGGCAAUGGCAAUGGCAACAAUGGAAGGGGUAAUGGCAAUGGCAAUGGCCAGGGCGGCAAUAAGGGUUUGCAAGGCUUUGUCUUAGCCACCGAGUUGGACAACGGAGCUGCAGCAUUAGAUUGUGAAAAUCCAAAUGGACCUGGUAAUGGACAUGGCAACGGGCACGCCUAUGGCCAGUGUCGUGGUAGAGGCAAUAAGUUUGGACCGAAACCACCACCACCGGGACUUUAUAAGCGUUUUGCUACAAUCUAUAGCGAUGUGGAUCGAAAAGUGGAAGGUGAGGCAUACAAUGAAGCGCUCGAGAAUGAUGAAGUCAAUGAUGAUUUCAAUGGAAGAUCAAUCGUAGCGCCAGGACAAUAUCCGCAUAUGGCCGCUCUAGGUUUUCGCACCUACUCCAACAGCUACGAAUAUAAAUGCGGUGGCAGUUUAAUUAGUGAAGUGUUCGUUUUAACCGUUGCACACUGUUGCUAUCACAGCGGCCAAGCGCCUGAGGUGGUCAAAGUCGGCGACAUCAAUUUGAAAAACAUUGCCUUAGAUGAAAUCUUUCAAGUGCGUCCCAUUGCCGAAAUACAGUCGCAUCCUUUGUACAACAACUCAUUUAACUAUCACGACAUAGCAUUGAUACGUUUGGCCCAGCCAGUUGUUUACACGAAUUUUGUGCGCCCUAUCCGCUUAUGGGUCAGUGAUGAAAUUCCGUACAAUAAACUUCACGCAAUGGGCUACGGCUCGACCAGCUUCGCACAGGCUCCAACAAAUGUGCUAACGGAAUUGGAGUUGUCCAUUGUGCCGCUGCCUCAAUGCAAUCAAAUUUUCCCUGCAGAUUCUGGUACACCCGAGGGGCUAUUGGAGUCACAGAUUUGUGCUAAGGAUUUCGAACAAAAUCGUGAUACGUGUCAGGGCGACUCUGGUGGACCACUACAACUGAAUUUGAUGCGUAAAAAUAGGAAACAUUUCCGUUACUAUUUGAUCGGCAUGACUUCGUAUGGAACAUUUUGUCGCAGCGCAUAUCCCGGAGUUUAUACGCGUGUCUCCUCAUACAUUGAAUGGAUAACAUCCGUUGUUUGGCCGAAUUACUACAGCAGUUACUUUCCAGCGUAACAGUUUUUGGACAACAGUAACAGUAACAUUUAACAGGAGAAUGUAUAUUAACAUAUGAAUGUUACUAUGGAAAUAUUUACUUAUUAAAUCGAUAACAAAUUUUUAAAG